AGGUCCGCUCUUGGUCCACGCCAUCCAUUGCGCCGCCCGUCCAGCGUCCUUUGCCGCCGCUGCCAUGGGAGCGCAGGUGGAGACCAUCUCCCCCGGAGACAGGCGCACCUUCCCAAAGCGCAGCCAGACCUGCGUGGUGCACUACACGGGGAUGCUUGAAGAGGGAAAGAAAUUUUAUUCCUCGCGGGACAGAAACAAGCCCUUUAAGUUUAUGCUAGGCAAGCAGGAGGUGAUCCGAGGCUGGGAAGAAGGCGUGGCCCAGAUGAGUGUGGGUCAGAGAGCCAAACUAACCAUCUCCCCAGACUAUGCCUACGGGGCCACUGGGCACCCAGGCAUCAUCCCGCCAAACGCCACUCUCGUCUUCGAUGUGGAGCUUCUAAAACUGGAAUGACAGGAAUGGCCACCUCCCUUAGCUCCUCGU